AUGUCGAUCCAAGAUGAAAAAAGAAAGCCAUCAUCCUUGGGGCUUAAGAAUUAUAUUGCUGAACGACAAAUUGAAUUACCUUUAAAAAUAAUAAGUGCAAUUCUUGCUUCGUAUUUAGUGUCACCAGACCCACAAAAUCCCUUCUCAAAGUUCCUUUUCAUCUCGUAUCAUAUAUACAAAACCGACUCUGAUGGAAAUAUUUCAGUUCUUUAUGGAAAAGGAUAUUGGGAUUUUGCCUACAUCACUUUUUGGGUGGUAGUUUUCACGUUAAUUAGAGAGUGCAUUAUGUGGUACAUAUUAAGACCUAUUGCAAUAUGGGGUGGCAUUAAAUCCGAGAGAAAAAUCGUCCGAUUUAUGGAACAAGGUUAUGUCACUAUAUAUUAUAUUAUAGCAGCUUCAGUUGGUUUGGUUAUAAUGCGUAACAGUCCAUACUGGUUUUUUGAAACAAAGCAUCUUUGGGUUGGUUACCCUCAUUAUGAAUUAACAUAUCUUGCAAAAUCUUAUUACCUUAUCCAAUUUGCAUUUUGGCUUCAACAAAUUGUGGUCUUAGUCCUACAAAUCGAAAGACCUCGUAAAGACCUUUUACAAUUAAUUGCUCAUCAUAUUAUUACAAUCCUACUGAUUGGUGGUAGUUAUUUAUCCAAUUUUACAAGAACCGGAAAUGCUGUAUUUAUUACAAUGGAUUUUUCUGAUAUUUGGCUAGGGCUGUCAAAAUGUAUGAAAUACCUAAAUUUACCUGGAUUCGUUACCAACAUAUCGUUUAUAAAUUUUAUGAUAAUAUGGGUAUAUGCUCGACAUUAUUUAUAUGGAAUAGUCGCCUAUUCUCUAUGGGCUGAUUCCUGUCUUCCUGAAAAUAAUGAAUGUAUUUGGGACCCGCUAAAUGGUUAUUGGCUUACAUGGUGGUCUAAAUACAUUAUUUUAUUUGGAAUGUUAUUAUUACAAAUCUUAAUGAUUUAUUGGUUUAUUCUCAUCUUGCGAAUUGCAUGGAAAGUUGCUAAUGGGCAAACUGCUGAAGAUUCUAGAAGUGAUUCUGAAAAUGAUGAAGAUUGUAGCGAAAAAGCACCUCUUUCUAAAAAAACUGAUUGA